UGUGGAUACUGUCCACCCAUCAUCAGCCUGACUUCCAAAAUGUCUGAUUUCGAGGAUUUCGGCAGGCCAGGAGGGCAGGCCAACGUGUCCGAAAGCUACCAGCUCAACCCCACCAGCGUGAUCGUAUCAGUGGUCUUCUCCCUCAUAUUCCUGCUCGGCACCAUCGGCAACAGCCUGGUGCUGGCCGUGCUGCUGCGGAGCGGACAGGUCGGCUACAACACCACCAACCUGUUCAUACUCAACCUGAGCGUGGCCGACUUCUUCUUCAUCAUUUUCUGCGUUCCGUUCCAAGCCACCAUCUACUCUCUGGAGGGAUGGGUGUUUGGCUCCUUCAUGUGCAAAGUGGUCCACUUCUUCAUCAACCUCACCAUGUACGCCAGCAGCUUCACGCUGGCCGCCGUGUCCGUUGACAGGUAUCUGGCCAUUCGCUACCCACUGCGCUCCAGAGAGCUACGAACCCCUUGCAAUGCAGUGGUUGCCAUGGUGAUUAUCUGGGGUCUUUCCCUGGUCUUCGCAGGUCCGUAUCUCAGCUACUAUGACCUGAUUGAGUACAACAACAGCACCGUGUGCAUCCCCGGCUGGGAGGAGCAGAAUCGGAAGGUGCUGGACACGUGCACCUUCCUGUUUGGCUACGUCAUCCCCGUGCUGAUCGUGAGCCUCUCCUACACUCGGACCAUCAAGUACCUGUGGACGGCCGUCGACCCUCUAGACGGCAUGUCGGAAUCCAAAAGGGCCAAACGCAAAGUCACCAAAAUGAUCAUCAUCGUCACUGUGCUCUUCUGCAUAUGCUGGCUGCCGUACCACGUGGUGAUACUGUGCUACCUGUAUGGAGACUUCCCUUUCAAUCAGACCACGUACGCCUUCAGGCUGCUCUCUCACUGCAUGGCCUACGCCAACUCCUGCGUCAACCCCAUCGUGUACGCUCUGGUGUCCAAGCACUUCCGCAAAGGCUUCAAGAAAGUGUUCAGUUGCAUCCUCAGCAAAAAAGGGAGAAACAAGGUUCACGUGGUUCACGUCGCCAACACCGUGCCCGGGUUUGAAGCGGGCUCCACAGAGGUAUCGCAGAUGAACGAGGAGAACGUGCGACAGAACGAAUGUGAAAUGAUUAACAGGCCGAUCGUGGAGCCGAGAGAAGCCAUGGUGACCCUGAAUCUACCGUUUCAGCAGCAGACUUGA